AUGAACGGGGCUUUCCGCUUACACCAUGGCUGGCAUUUCUUCAAACGAAUUGGGUUUGCUAGGCCACAUUAUUCAGGCUUUUCUCGACCUCUGCACGCCUUCAUUUGGCCGUCAGCUUUAAUAAUUGCUACUACUACUUAUUCCAAGUCCAAACUCCACAAUGACACGCUGAAACCCGACCCAGCUGGUGAUACGUUUGAAAUGGGUCUCUACACGGCCUCACAGAAGGAAUUGGCCAGACAUAUCCGCGAAAAACGAUCGAAAGUGCUAUCACAAUGUCGAUCAAGGUUGACUCGAUGGCUCUCUCAAAUUUGGUUCAAGUUCAAAGAUGGUAUCUUAGAACCGGUUCUUACCGGUUGGCGCAUGGUGGAAUUGUCUAUUCUAUUUCUACCUGUGCUUCUAAUGUAUCCCAUAUCAUAUUUCGGACAUACCGUCAAAGUUUCGGAUUCUACCCAGAAAGUGAAGACCACGUUUGGAGCAUUUUUGUGGUACAGACUUCUGCGGCAUGUGUUGGAACUGGCAGGUCCCAGUUUUAUUAAGUUGGGUCAAUGGGCCGGUUCCAGGACCGACAUUUUCUCAGAGGGACUGUGUGUGGAGCUUGGCAACUUGCACAGUAACGCGAAAAAACACUCACUGAGGUACACUAAGAAUCAGGUAUGCGAGGCUCUAGAUAUCUCCGACCUGGAGGAAGCGUUUGAGCAAUUUGAUGAGACACCGCUGGGUGUAGGUGCUAUUGCUCAGGUUUACGUGGGCAAAUUGUCGACAGGUUUUGUUAGUGAACGUGCACUUGAGCUAGAUCCAGAAGAGAACAGAUGGUGUGCUGUAAAGAUUAUACACCCGCACGCCGCUCGCCAAAUCAGUCGCGACUUGAAAAUCAUGAAGUUUUUCGCUGAAACUAUCGACAUGAUUCCAACCAUGGAGUGGUUAUCUUUGCCUAAUGAGGUGGAGCAAUUUGCGAUUUUAAUGCGCCUUCAACUAGACCUCAGGAUAGAGUGCCUGAACUUGACCAGAUUCAAUGGCAAUUUCGAAAACAACUUUCAAGUUAAGUUUCCUCGUGGUUUCCAAAAACUAACGACCAGACAAGUCUUGUUUGAAGAGUACAUUUACGGAUUUCCUAUGGAGGAGUUCUUGCGGGCCAAGGACAAGUUAAAAGACCCCAGUUUGAGUAAAAAAGUCAGCGACCCAUUCAUUGAUGCCUUUUUGCAAAUGCUUAUCCUGGAUGAUUUCAUACACGCAGACCUUCAUCCCGGUAACGUUAUGGUACGAUUUUUGAAGACCGACAAAUAUGGCUCGAAAUCUGUUUCAACAGAGGCCGAUUGCUAUGACUUGGUGCACCGCUUAAAAUCCAAGUUAAAGGACGAUGAUUCUUCGUUUGCGCAAGAGCUAAAUGAGAUUGUCAGUCAAUACACACCUCAAAUAUGCUUCAUUGAUGUAGGGCUUGUCACAGAGCUUAACAAACGCAAUAGAACGAACUUCAUUGCCCUUUUCGACGCAUUAGCAAGGUUUGAUGGGUACCGUGCAGGUGAGCUGAUGAUAGAGCGCUCCAGGACCCCUGAAACAGCGGUGGACAAGGAACUUUUUGCGCUGAAGGUUGAAAAGCUGGUGAACAAGGUAAAAAAACGAACAUUUACGCUGGGGACUGUGUCCAUCGGCGACCUCUUGGACCAAAUGCUUGGUAUGGUAAGAGGCCACCAUGUGCGUAUGGAGGGUGACUUUGUGUCAGUAGUGGUGGCUAUUUUACUGCUGGAGGGUAUCGGUAGACAGUUAGAUCCAGACCUGGAUUUAUUUGCAAGCUCAUUGCCUAUUCUAAGAGAAUUUGGAAUGAAACGCGAAGGGAGAAGCAUUUUACAAGAGGUAGAUACAUUGUCCAUGUGGAAGAUAUGGAUUGGCCUCGAACUUCGCCAGUUCAUGAAUUUGUCAGUCAAGCAGAUGCACGAUCUUGUGAAGACGGAUCAGUUAUGUCCGAGCUAUUAG